AUGAUUGAAGAUUAUGUACACAGAAAUAUGGAUAAUCCAAAAAAUAUAGCUAUGAAUUGUAUCGAUGAAAUUAUGAGAAAUAAUGGAAUUAGCUGUGUAAACUUCAAAUUGCCAAAACCAAAGCCAGUGAAAAUUACUAAAAUAGAAUAUGAUUUAGAUAAGGAAAGAAGUAGAGGAGAAGAUUUAUUGUUGACAUUAAAUGCAGAGCAAAAGCACGUGUACGAUUUAGUAAUGCGAGCAAUUGAAAAUAAGAAUGAAGUCAAAAGGUUAUUUUUUAUAGACGGAUUUGCAGGAAGUGGAAAAACAUACCUGUUUAAUACAUUAUUAAGUAUAAUUAGAGGAAGAAAAGAGGUGGUUUUACCAUGUGCGUCAACAGGCAUAGCAGCAACACUUUUAAAGGGAGAAAGAACAUAUCAUAGUCUGUUCAAACUAACAAUACCAAUAGAUGAGACAACGAAAUCAAAUAUCAGAGGAAACACGCAGGAAGCAAGAGAAUUAAUCUCUGCGAAAUUAAUAAUAUGGGAUGAAGUGAGCAUGACUGUAGGACAAGCUCUAACAGCAGUCGAUAAAUUAUUAAGAGAUUUGAUGAGGAAUACAAAACCAUUUGGAGCAAAAGUAAUUCUUUUUGCAGGAGACUUCAGACAAAAUUUACCUGUAGUGGCUCAUGCAAACAGAACAGCUAUAAUUGAGUCAACUGUAAAACACAAUCCAAUAUGGAAGAAAGUAAUUCAAAUUAAACUUAAGGAAAAUAUGAGAACAGGGGAGGAAAGAGAAUUUGGAAAUUGGCUAAUGGAAUUAGGAGAGGGUAACUUGACGAAUACAGAUGGACUACAACAAGAUACAAUAGAAAUUCCAGACGAAUUUUUAU